UAUAUUAUAUUUUUAAUUUUGUGUUGCCAAGCUCUGUUGAUUAUAACAGUUCGAAUAGUGAAAAUCAUAAACAACUUUAUUGUUGUUUCUAUAUAGUUGCGCAGCGUGAUUGUGAAAAAGAUUUUUCAUAAAUAGAGUUGCUCCAACUUAAUUGUAUUCUGGUGAACUCCGGGCGCCGAGAUAAGGUAAAGACGAACGAACGAUUCAAAUCGAUAAGGAACGUCUAGAAGUCAGAAUUUGCCAUCUGUUGCAGUGAUAUUAUAAUACUUGAGACAUGCCAAGAGUCAGAAGCAAAAUGACAGACGCUCGAAUUGUGGUUGUUGGCUCCUGUAUGAUAGAUUUAUCAUGUUUUGCUGAACGUAUCCCGAAACCUGGAGAGACGAUCAUUGGCGACAGUUUCAACAUAGGACAUGGAGGGAAAGGAGCAAACCAAGCUGUUGCAGCUUCCAAACUGGGGGCUAACGUUACCUUCAUUGCCAGACUUGGAGAUGAUUAUUUCGGAAAAGAGUACCUCAAGUCAUUUGAAGAUGUUAAAAUCGAUACCAAAUUUAUCAAACUCAUUGAAGGACAGCCAAGUGGAGUUGCUCAAAUUACAGUUUCUAAAUGCGGUGAGAACCAAAUUGUGAUUAUUCCUGGGGCCAACAAUUUCCUGAAGAAGGAAGAUGUAAGUGCUGCAAGCGUUAUAAUUAAAUCAGCAAAAGUUGUGGUUUGUCAACUGGAGACAGAUGUAGAUCUGGUUACUGAAUCAGCCAAAAUAUUGAAACAAAACUCUGAAAAUGGAUUGCUAAUUUUGAAUGCGGCGCCUGCUAAAAGUGACCUGCCGGAUGAGGUGCUAAAAUGCUGCGAUAUCCUGUGUGUGAAUGAGACUGAGGCAACUGCAAUUCUCAAUGAAGAACUAGUAACAGUCGCAGAUGCAGAGAGGGCAGUCUCAAAAUUGAUCGAGAAGGGUUGCAAAGCCGUCAUAGUCACUCUGGGAAGUCAGGGAGCAGUUUACGGAGAUAAGAAAUCUGCAGGAACAAUCCACGCUCUGGCUCCAAAAGUUGAUGCUGUUGACACCACGGGAGCCGGAGAUUCUUUCAUUGGAGCUUUGGCAUUCUACCUUGCAAACAAACCAGAGUUACCAAUGCUGGAGAUUUUGAAGCGAUCGUGUGAUAUAGCAGCUAUUUCGGUGCAAAAGAAGGGCACACAGGCCAGCUUUCCAUUUAAAAAUGAGCUUGACGAGAAAUUCUUCAAGUGAAACCACACCAAAGGAUAGUUAUGCAUUUAAAAAACUCAAAUUUGUAUUUGAAAAAUAUAUAUUACCCUGCUAAAAUAAAUAUACAAAUAUACGUAUGAAAA